AUGGUGCACCAGGAGAAACACAUUUACCAGGCCCAGAGGAAUGAAAGAGAGUCCAUCAGGCAGAAACUUGCCCUUGGCAGUUUCUAUGACGACGAGCCAGUCAUCUACACCAGCUGCAGCAAGAACGGCCCGUCCUCCCGGCUGCAGAGUGGGGUGAACCUGCAGGUGUGUUUUGUUAAUGACAGCAGCAGUGACAAGGACAGUGAUGCUGAGGACAGCAGGACAGAGACCAGUCUGGACACACCGCUGUCACCUGUGAGCAAGCAGAGCUCUUCGUUGUCGGAUCGGGACACGGCAGAGGAGGACUCAGACCCGCUAGAUGACUGCAGCGGGUUCUGGCGGGUGCAGCGGAGACUGCAGGAAGAGGCCCGGGUAGCGUUGGCUCUAGCUCGACCCAUGGCUCGCAUGCAGGUGGAGGUGGAGAGGCAAAUCCAACUGCACAGACGUUCACCUGUGGCUGACUUGCUUCCCCAUUUGCCUCACAUCAGCGAGGGCUUGAUGAAGAGGAAUUUGAGGCGAGGGGACAUGAGGGACAUGAGUCUUGGACAGCUGCAAGUCAUCACAAACGACUUACACUCACAGAUUCAGAGUUUAAAUGAGGAGCUGGUGCAGCUGCUGCUGAUGAGGGAUGAGCUGCAUGUGGAGCAGGACGCUAUGUUGGUGGACAUAGAGGACCUCACCAGGCACGCUCACAGCCAUCACCGGCACCAGGCAGAGAAAGCUCUCUCUAAAUAAAACACCCCGUCUUCACGGGUGUACGUCUGUACGUCAUCCAACCUACCGCUUCAUGGACUGUCACCAGUGUUACUAGUGAAACUCCAUCUGUGCUGACUGUUUCUGGAGAGUUGAAUACAGUGUAUAGUACACAUAGUAUGUUGCACCACAGGGUGUCCGACGAAGGACAGAGGCGAUCGCUGCUUUCAGUGAGGACACAGCUGAGUUUGUGCAGGCUUUUCACUUCCACUCAGCAUGAUUAAUCAUAGCAUAUUUCACCGAGUUAGAGGAAUCCUCUUUGACUUAAUUCCCACCCUAAUACUGAGUUCCCUCUUCAUGAUUUUGCACAGUUACACUCACGUAUGUUAAUGCUGGCUGGGAGCACCUGCACACCUUGUUUCUCACUUGUCUCAAGAAGAAUGAUGACUUUCAGGGGCCGUACCUGACUGAAAUGAAGAUCAGCUAACUUAGUCUUUUGGUUUGUCUCUAUAGUGUUCAAGAAGAUUUAUCCAUUCUUCUGUAGAUAUGCCAAAUUCACACGGUUUAAUUCCUUUCUUUUACUGACGGCACUUGUGUCAUCACUGACGCUGGAAUUCACUGUUAAACAUCUACUGUCUGAGCUGUUGCAACCGAAAAUGAUAAACACUUUGCAUCUGUGCUGAUUUGUAGCUUAGUCUCACAGGUUGUCUUAUUGCUUCACAGAGCUCCUGGAAAAGAUCAUUCAGACACAAAAUUGGAUUUAACAGCUUCCACCUGCUUUAAAUAUGUAUUAAGAGCUACACAGGACGCUGAGCUUUAUUUAGACAAAUUUGUAUUUGUCAAAAUGUGGUGAUACUUGAUACAAUAGACGACAAUAAACGACAAGAUGAGGAUUUAAAAAUUAUUUUGUUUAAGAUAGAGGAAGCAAAAAUGGAGGCAUGUUGUCUAGUGGGCCUCUUACUAAAAAUAUGCAAUGUGAUUUUUGUUAAGCUCAAUUCACCAAUGGUAAAAAAAAAAAAAAAAAGUUUAACAUAAAAAAAUGUAAAACAGAUCUAUAAAUAAAUCACAGCCUAAACAUAUAUCUAUUUUAUCUGUUUAAAAUGUUUAUGGACAUACUGUAUGUAAAUGUUAAAAGACACUUUAUUAAAAGGAUGAAGGACAUGCCUUGUUGUCUGGCUGUGUUUAGGUGUUGUCAA